GAUCUCAAGUUCGACAUUGGAAACAGUUGUGACUGGGAGUACAUCUUCCCAGGGCAGGACUUGCAUGUUCAGAUAAGUCCUGAAGAGGUUACGGAAAAGAAGCUGCAACUGAAUCUGACGGGAGACCUCUGCACGGAGGAGCUGAACUUGGACCUCCCUAUGUCUUGGAGCCUGCCGCUGUUUGUGUCCAGGGAGGACUACGCACGCCUUUACCCCAACGGCAAAAGAACGAGAAGGUAUAAAUACACAAUAGUGGACGACUACUGUCGUUACCUUAAUCCUGAUGGAUUGGUGCGGAAAAUUCGGCGUCACAAUGAUUUACGGUGUGAUGAGCUCGCAUACACCAGAGAGAUUUACAAGGACAGAGCCGACAUGCUAGAGAUGAGGUUUCUCCACAUCAGCACGGGAAAAGUCAUCGAGAACUUUGCCGUGGGUAGACCAGAUUUUAUCCGAGAACACCAAUAUCUGGCUUAUGCCCCUGGACCCGAGAAAUGGAGAAUUAUUUUGUACGAGCCUAAUAAAAGAGUUGAUGGACAAAUAAAAAGAGAAGAAGACUGUAACAGCAUAAAACGGCACUAUCAAGGCCGCGAAGACAGAAAGUACUACACCGAGAUUCAGUUUGGACAGCGAGGAAAAGUGCUGGAAAACCCACAACUCGUUACACCAAGUUCUAGACCAAUAGAGACAAUCAUUGAAUGUUUUCACCGAAAUCGGCAAGUUCCGGCAAACAGUGACAUCGCCAAGAUCACGUACACGGUGUGGCUUGACGAGAUAGACAUCGAGUACCACGUGGAGGAUCACAGAAUCGUGUGUAGUACCCGACACUUCACCAAACCUGCCCUGUGGUGGGACGAGACUCAAAUUUUAACUUGGUCCCCUGAGCUUCAUUGGUGCUUUGAGGCAGAUCUGUUUGUUCGCGCUAAGGGAGAGCUGGAGCUCUACCAAAUGCUAAUUGGCCUAAUGGCGAAGGAAAAUGAAGUCAGGGAAGAAGUGAGGAGAAGUGAAACUGAGAUGAAAGAAACACUGGAAGCCCGGUGCAUUGAGGAGGAAGAGUCUCAACUGUUGGUGACCUACGUGCAGGCAGACAUUGACGAGGACCUGAGAACCGAUAGACUCAAACUCAAGGCGCAAAAGAAGGCUGAGAUUAUUCUACGCAAGAGCGAUGUACUGAAAGACUACCUGGAACCGUUUAUGAUCAAGGUUGGUCUGAGCAAGAUCGCCAACAAGAAACAAGCCUGUAGAGUCCGGGACGACUGCAUGCAGUCCCUGAAGGACAGGUUAAUCUGCCAAGCCAACAUCAUCAAGGAGAGUUUUGCAAAG